GUUUUGUACUGUGCUGUGUGCAGGUAGUCAGACCAAUGCCGAAAGUAAAGCGAAGCAGGAAGGCUCCUCCAGAUGGAUGGGAGCUUAUAGAACCUACAUUGGAUGAGCUCGAUCAGAAAAUGAGAGAAGCUGAGACAGAGCCUCAUGAAGGAAAGAGGAAGGUGGAAUCUCUGUGGCCAAUAUUCCGUAUUCAUCAUCAGAAAACCCGUUACAUAUUUGACCUGUAUUACAAGAGAAAAGCUAUAAGCAAAGAAUUGUAUGAUUAUUGUAUCAGAGAGGGGUAUGCGGACAAGAAUCUCAUUGCAAAAUGGAAGAAACAAGGAUAUGAGAACUUGUGCUGCCUACGCUGCAUACAGACCAGAGACACAAAUUUUGGAACCAACUGCAUUUGUCGAGUCCCCAAGAGCAAGCUUGAAGUGGGGCGAAUAAUUGAAUGCACACAUUGUGGCUGCAGAGGAUGCUCUGGAUGAAGAUUAUACUUUGUAAUUGUUCUCAUUUAUUGUGAUAUUUUAAGAUGGUAAAUGUUUGUUUCAGAUAUGUUGAUGCUAUUCAUUGUUAUGUUUAAUAAACAUGAUGUCUAAGUUUGUUUCCUUUU